AGUCUGCAUCGGGAUUUCCCGGUGAUCACUGGACGCAACCGAGUUCCUCUCUCCGGUCGCAUUGUAAACUUCAUGAAACUUUUGGAAGUUAUCAAUGGAUUGUUCAUAAGUUAAAUCCGUAUGUGAGAAAACAUUUUUGAAAGGAGUGUAAGUGAACACUAUUCGCUAAGGAAAACAAGACGUGUAACAUUUCUAACAAAGUUUGUGUGGUUAGUAACGUUUGUAAAGUUUUUGUUCAUUUCUCGAUCAGCUUUUUGAACAGGGUGUUAGAAAAGAAGGUGUACUUUCAAUACGAAAAACCUAGAUCGAUAGUGGGAAAUGAACUAUUUUAUGUAAUCACAGAAAGCUGACUUUUGAAAUACAGAUCCCAGGUAGGAUUCAACGUUCAAUUGUAUGGUAAAGGGUCGGCAACUAAGUGAAAUUAGGUGCAACGAUGUGUAACAGGAAAGACUGAAAAAAAAAAAAACUAGAAAAUUACAGCCCAAGUAAAACAGACGAAGACGUUCAAGAUGGAGGCCAUAUUACAAGUCAUCACCAACAGCACUUUGCUUGUGACCAAAUUCUUCCGAGCGGGUCUAGCUGACAACAAUGAGCAUCCUCCAUUUUUCGAUCAGUCAGUCUAUGAGGCGGAAGUUGCGGAAGACGAAGCCAUUGGGACCACCAUACUUUCAGUGGCAGCUCAGGACCAAGAUGAAAUAUCACACAUCCGAUACAACAUUUCGGAAGGAAAUUGGGAUGAUGUCUUCGUCGUAAAUCCUGCAACCGGUGACCUCAUAGUCGCUCGCCCAUUGGAUUACGAACUUGCAAACAAGUACAACCUCAGUGUCUCGGCGUUCGACGGACGUCACGAGGCUCUGACUUCUGUUUUGAUCGACGUCACGGACGUCAACGACAACCCUCCAGUCUUCGACCGUCCUGUCUAUCAAGCACAAGUCAUCGAAGAGGAAGACUUUCGAAAACUCCCCAGAAAGAUCCUCACAGUGAGCGUAACUGAUGCUGAUUCCGACAGAGAGAGCAAAGUCGUCUUCUCUCUUUCGGGCGAAGGAAUAGAUGUCAAGAAUCCCAAUAACUCCCACUUCACCAUCGACCCUUCCAAUGGAGAUAUUUUCGUAAGAAAGGCCCUAGACCGUGACUUCCCCGACGGUCGACCUGUGUGGGCUAUGACGGUGUUUGCCCAAGACGAAGGGGGAGUGGGCCUCGUCAGCUACAGCGAGGUACUGAUUACUGUCAAGGACAUCAACGAUAACUCUCCAGUUUUCAAACAGGCGGUGUAUCACUGCAACGUCACCGAGAACGACGCAAGAGGAAUCAUCGUCAUGAGGAUGGAAGCGGAGGAUUACGACGACCCAAACGAAGGUACCAACGCUAAAAUCACGUACUCCAUCACCAAAAACGCCAUCGACGAAGCCACCGCCAAACCUGUCUUCGAGAUCGACGCACAAAGCGGAGAGAUCAAGACUCGAGUUUGCUGCCUCGACAGGGAGAGGACGCCGCGCUAUCUCCUUCAGGUCGUUGCUAUGGAUGGAGGAGGACUUAACGGCACAGCGACAGCUAACGUCCUUGUAUUAGACGUCAACGACUCGCCACCUCGUUUUGCAAAGGCCUUUUGGAGAGCACAAGUGGAGGAAUCGCUGGACUCUGUUAUCACGAACAGACCUAUCCUAAAUGUGACAGUUAUCGACGAGGAUGACACGAACGAUUUCUACUUUGAAAUACCAGAAACUUUUGAAUCCGCGGCACAAACGUUUACCAUUGAGCCAAACACUGAUGGAGUUGGUGCCAUCAAACUCUCAAAACCAUUAGACUUCGAAGACCCAAUACAAAGAUUGGGAUUCAAGUUUCAAAUCGUUGUCUCUGAUAUCGGUGAGAUAACAUCAGAUAAGGCUCACACUGCCUAUUCUUGGGUGGAAAUAAGAAUAAAAGAUGUGAAUGAUAAUGCACCAGUGUUCAAGGAAGAUUCGAUAGAGGUCAGUGUUUCUGAGAAGAUUGUCAUAGGUACAACUCUGAGUACUUUUGAUGCUACUGACGCAGAUAAGGAAGGAAGAAGUGAAAUUUCAUACACGAUAGAUCCACGAUCAGAUAAGAGACGCCAGUUUUCAAUUACUAAAAAUGGUGCUGUGAAACUCCAACGUCCAUUAGAUAGAGAGACCACACCAAGAUAUCUCGUAAAAAUCGAGGCCUCUGAUGAUGGUGUACCCCAGAAGACCAGCACGGCUAGUCUCAUUAUCAACGUUCGAGAUGAAAAUGACAGCGCACCCAGAUUAAGCCAAGAUUAUCAUCCCAUUCUACCAGAAAACCAACCACCAAGGGAGAUCAUAGAGGUCUCAGCAGUAGAUGACGAUGAUGCCUCCAGAGGUAAUGGGCCACCAUUCCAUUUUGCUUUAGAUUUAUUGUCAUCAACACCUGACGUUAAGUCAUCCUUUACAGUGAAAUAUAACGCUAAAGGGGACAAUGGAAAAGGUACCGCAGUAGUGUCAUCCUUAAGAGGUUUUGAUCGAGAGGUGCAGAAAGAGUAUCACCUACCAAUAGUAAUCGUAGAUUCAGGGUUUCCUCCCAUGACUGGCACUUCUACACUAAUUAUUACCAUUGGAGAUGAAAAUGACAGCCUAAUGCAACCAGGAGAGAAGCAAGUCUUAGUUUACACCCACAAAAACAUAUCCCAGGAAACACAAAUUGGGCGCAUUUAUGUGCAUGAUCCAGAUGAUUGGGACUUGGUGGACAAAACCUUCACUUGGGCCAAUAAACCACAUCAAAAUUUUCUGCUCGAUGAGGAUUCUGGUAUGAUCACCAUGACAGCUGCCACUAGAGGAGGCCUCUAUUUCCUGGAAUUUCUUGUACAAGACCACAAGCAUUCACAGUACAGUGUCAAAGCCAGUGUAACUGUAAAUGUCCAUUAUAUUCCCGAGAGAAUCGUGGAAGAAGCAGCAUCCCUGAGAAUUGUUAACAUAACAGAUGAAGAUUUCAUACAGACUUGGGACUAUAGGGCAGAGGAUUCUAUACCAAGCAAAGCUGAUCUGUUUCGAAAGGAAAUAUCUUACCUGCUAAACACAAAUGUAGAUGAUGUCCAUAUAUUCAGCUUGCACCCAAGACAAAAGAGACCACCUAUUACUGACAUAAGGUUUACUGUUUUCGAUGGUCAGUACUAUCAAUCAGGAAAACUUAAUGCCCUCCUAAUGGAACACAAAGAAGAAAUUGAGAGAAAGGUGGGUUUAAAUAUCGUAAUGAUUGGAAUCAGUGAAUGCCUUGAUGAAAAUGUGCCUUGUGAUGGGUCUUGCACUAGCAAGCUCAUUAUUUCUGAUAAGCCUUAUUUAGUAGAUGCCAAUAGAACUUCCUUAGUUAGUGUGGAUGUCCAAGUGAUCCCUGAUUGUACUUGCCAGGCAAGAGACUUUACAGGAAAAGAGGUUAAAAAACAAUUAUCGUGUCGUCCGAACCCUUGUAAAAAUGAAGGGAAAUGUAUCAAAGAGAAAUCUAGUAUCAGAUGUGAGUGUCCAAAGGGAUAUCGAGGUCCAAGGUGCCAGAUGCUAACAAGGACAUUUGAAGGUAACGGAUACUGUUGGUUCUCAAGCUUAGCAACUUGCGCUGCAAACCACUUGAGCAUGGAGUUCUUAACUGUACAAAUGGAAGGACUGCUCAUUUUCAAUGAUGCCUUGGCUCUGUCCCACGACAGUCAACAUUUCACAUCAGAUUUCAUUUCCCUGGAACUGGAAAAUGGGCGACCAAGACUUCUCCUGAAUUAUGGCUCUGGAACUGUGCAAUUGAAAAUUAAUAGCACCAACAGCCUGGCCGAUGGGCAGUGGCACAAGAUCGAUCUCUUCUGGGACACAUAUAAGGUGAGGAUAGAAGUGGAUCACUGUGUGACAGCGAUUGGUCAAGAACAUACCGACGAAAUGGAUGGCAUUUUUGAUACAUCCCGUUGUCAAGCAGUGAGUAUAAUUCCUCAAUUUAGCAGGUUCCUAAAUGUCAAUGGACCAUUGCAAGUUGGUGGGAUAAGGCAAUAUUCCUUUCACAGAAAUGCAGAACAAAACAAGCUCAUGCCAAAUGCAAAAUCGUUUUCUGGCUGCAUCAGAAACCUGAUGAUGAACGGACACUUCUACGAUUUCUCUCAGCCUGUUCUCCAAGAAAAUACAGAAUUGAGGUGUAGGCCUCUUGAGGACAUUUGUAAGAGCAACGCUAAUGUAACAAAUGACAACUCCAACACUUGGUGCUACCAAGGAAGCUGCGAAGGUUCCUUCCAGCAGGCAGCUUGCGUCUGUCAUCCAGGCUGGACUGGGUUCACAUGCAGCGAACGCACUGUUCCAGCCUAUUUUGGUAAUGACUCUUAUGUUAAAUAUUCCCUUUCAUUUAAACCAAAUGCCUAUGGCAUGAAUAUUCAACUUCGAUUUCGCACCUGGGAAGAAGAAGGAGUCCUGUUUUACAUUUCUGAUAAACAUAACCAAGCGUAUGGCAUUCUUGAAAUCGAAGAAAGCCAUCUACACUUCCGUUUCAGUACAAACAUGCAGUCCAAAGGUGAGCGAAGCCUCCAGCUUUCUCACGUAGCUGUCAGUGACGGCGAAUGGCACUUGGCAUCUGUGGCACGCUUUGGAUCCAAGGCCUUUCUUUCUCUUGACGAGGGUGACGGAAAAUGGUACAAUGAAUCUUAUGGGGAGGACUCAAGGUCCAUCUUUCUGGAUGUCGAUAUGCAUGAAGGAGUAGUCGUGGGCGGGAAGUCUCACUAUUCAGGAAUCGGGGUCUUAUCAGUUGAGGAAGAUUACAGACAAGGAUGUAUUGAUGACAUUCGUAUAGACGGACAUCCUCUACCCCUUCCUCCAAGUGUCAACGGUACUCAGUGGGCGCAGGCAACAGUCUUCCAAAACUUAGUGGAAAAAUGCAUUUCUCAGGACCAGUGUAUUAAUGUCGAGUGUUUGGCUCCUUUCAUAUGCAAGAGUCUCUGGAUGAAGCAUGAAUGCAGCUGCAAGGAGGGCAGCGUCCUCUCGAAGGAUCACAUGAGGUGCGUACAAGUGGACGUCUGUUUCCACGACCCUUGCAUGAACGGUGGCACUUGUUUCGUCCAGGAGAGUUCCUACACUUGCAGCUGCCCGCAAGAUUACCAUGGUACCAACUGCCAACUGGCGAAUGAACCGUCAGAUCCACGAGUUAGUCUGGGGGCUCUGGCUGUCAUAAUAUUUUGCAUGAUUAUUAUAAUAGCCGGUGUCCUGGUGUUCUUGGUGUACAAGAGACGCAAACGACGAAGACGAUUAGGAAAACAAGACAAGCACGAAAUGAAAGGUCUGCGCAUCAGUGACUUCGCUAAACACAGACGAGCUGGUGUCGGUGAUGACGUCAUAGCAGGAAAGCCACUUGAUCUCACUGCGAUUGUUCUUCCCCAAAGGCUGACCACCAGCAUCAGAAUUUGGGCAUUAACUGUUCGUCAGGAGCUGAGAAGGCGGGUAGCCUGUCAAGCGUUGACGUCAUCAUGAACAUCCAAGGUACAAAAGAAUGUGAGCUCUUACCAAAUAUCCUCCACGAUGACUGCAUCCUUCGAGCACCAACCGCAUUUCGCGAAGGACGCGACCACAGAAUCGAGGAGCACUCGUCCCUGGCUCAUGCCUCCUCGACAUCGUGUCUUCACACUGGCCAUCAUGGCAUCAGUAUCAGCAGACCGCUAUCUGACUACCAAGGAACUGAGCCCAGCCUCUCUCGAUCGGAAAACUUUUAUCCCCAGUCUCUCUCAAGGGAAGGCCGUGACCUAAGAUCAUGAUGACACUUGAAUUAACGACCCAGAAAUGAUAACGUUUAUAAAAGGAUUAAUGUUAUUUUUUCUCUCGUAACUAACUUUAGAUGUCUUUGAUAAACUAUUUUUAACGACUACUGCCAAAUGACCAAUAGAUUAAAUUUCAAAUCCUAAAUUGCCAUUACCUGUGGUCACGAUGUUUCCAAAAGAUCAAAGUAAUUUUCAGAUCUCUCAUGACCAGACGAAUAAUAUAACAAUUACGAUGGAAUCCAAUUUUAUUGCAUGCUAUCGUAAACAAAGGUUCGAAGUAUAUUUGUCAAAGUGAAAAACUUCACAGGAAAAAAUUCCUGUCUGUUUGUAAAGGAUUACAUGUCAAGUUUUAUAUGGAAACUGCAAGAUGUAUGUGUAAAAGUGUUUACAUAUGUGACCGAAUAAAACUGUUUCUUGGAAGAA